GAAUUCUUUUUGGUGGAAAUCCGACCCAAGAGCAAGCCUUGAUAAACGUGACAAUUGAUAAAAAAUCGGAUAAUAGAGAAAUUAUAUUCACGACAAAUAUCCAGUUUGCUUCCAAUCACGAUAGCUAUGAAACCAGUGUUACAAUGUGUAAUAUGAUGAAUAACGAAAGUGGAGUAGCUGCAAUAUUUGGUCCAGAAUCAUCCACAUCUACCACAAUUCUGGAAUCAAUUUCCACAAAAUUUCAAGUACCCUACAUAGUAACAUCGUGGAGAUCUCCCAAUCUCAAGCCAUCCAGAUCUUUCCUGAAUUUCUUUCCAGAAGCGAAUCGUUUCGGACAUGGCUUGGCAGAAAUAGUGAAGAGCUUUGGUUGGAAGAGUUUUGUAAUAAUUUAUGAACAUGAUGAUGCUCUGCUGAAAUUGCAAGAGAUCUUCAAUAUGCAGAAGUUCAAGGAAAAUGAUAAAACUAAUAGAAUUGUUUUGGAAAAACUCGGACAUGGGCUAGACUUCAGAUCAACCUUAGCAAAAAUUGAAAGAUCGACUCUCACUAAUGUUAUACUCGAUUGUGGAACCCAACAUAUUAUGUCAAUACUGUAUCAAGCGAAGACUAUGAACAUGCUCAAUGUUUACAACAACUAUUUCCUUACAAAUCUGGAUGCACAUACUUUGGAUUAUUCAAAUUUGGACACAACAGCAAACAUAACGACCAUUAAAAUUUUUGAUGAAAAUAAUGAAUUCCUCAAGAACUAUGUUCGUACAAUGGGAAUAGGAGAACUUGUACAUCAUAAGAAAUUAACGACAGAAUUGGCUCUUUUCUAUGACGCUUUCUGGUUCAUGAAUGAUACUUUAUCAGAGCUGGGACCUUCAAUGAUGACGAACCGUAUUGACUGUAGUGGCGAAGAGAAAUCUGUUGAGGGACGAAAUUUGAUCAACUUCAUGAAAACGCGACCUCCAACCACUCCAACUCUGACGGGCCCACUGACAUUUGACGUUUUCGGAAAUCGCAACCUCUUCAACAUUCACGUGGUGGAUAUCCUGCACGAUAAGAAAAUAGCCACGUGGUACGCCUUCAACCAAAGUUUGAACGUCAACCGGGACUUCGACGAAACUUUGACGGCGGUUUCCAAUUUGCAGGGAACAAAAGUUAUUGUUGUUUCCAAGCUUGGAAAUCCCUAUUUGAUACUGAAAGCUAACGCUGAUGAGAACGAACUGGAAGGAAACGCAAGAUAUGAAGGCUACUCCUUGGAUCUCAUUGCUAAUAUCGCCAAAAUCAUAGGAUUCGAAUUUGAGAUACAACUGACUGAGUCGAACCAAUAUGGACAUUGGGAUGAGGUCAACGAAAGAUGGACUGGAUUGAUUGGAGAUAUUCUAGAGAAGAGAGCCCACUUGGGUGUCGGAGAUCUCACAAUAACCCCUGAACGUCAAGAGGUAGUUGAUUUCAGCCUUCCAUUCAUGAAUUUGGGAAUCAGCAUUUUGCACAAAAAGCAGAAUAUAGCGGAUCCAAAUAGGUUUGCCUUUCUCAAACCGUUUUCGGAAGAAGUAUGGUAUUAUUUGGGCUACAUGUUCUUACUGGUUUCGGUUAUACAUUAUGUUAUCCUCAGAAUAUCUGCAGAGGAUUGGGACGAUGCCUAUCUUGAUGAAGAAUGUAAUGAUGUACAAGAGAGUAUAUGGAGUUUCAAAAAUACAGUUUGGAAUGUAUUCAGAUCGAUGGCAACCCAAAGCUGUGACAAGGCUCCAAAAGGUUUCUCAGCGAGGAUAGCAACUGUUACCUGGUGGUUUUUCUGUCUGACGGUUUCAAGCAUUUACAUCUCCAACUUAUCAGUAUUCAUUUCCCAAGCUAACAGCGACUUUUCCUCUAUCAAUAAUGUAGAAGAUCUUGCAAAACAAAACAAAGUCAAAUACGGCCUUGUGAAAGGAGGUUCUACUGAAUAUUUUUUUCGAAACUCCAACUUCACUACAUACCAGAGAAUGUGGUCUGUAAUGGAACAGGACCCUUUGGUGUUUGGACUGACUAAUUCGGAAGGUGUUUCGAGAGUUGCUAGUUCCAAGAACGCUAAGUAUGCGUUCCUCAUGGAGUCAACGCAAAUAGAGUACGAGUUGGAGAGAAAUUGUGAUCUAAAGCAAGUUGGGGAUUUACUGGACUCCAAAAGCUAUGGUAUAGCUAUGCCUAUGAAUUCACCUUAUAAGAGUGCUAUCAAUAAGGCUAUUUUGAAAAUGCAAGAAUCGGGACAACUAACUGAGCUGAAAAAGAAGUGGUGGAAAGUUGAUAGUGAUGAACCAUUAUGUGAAUUCGAAAACGGAGAUAGUUCGACCGUAAAUAAAUUAACCUUUGAAGAUACCAAGGGUCUGUUUAUGCUACUUGGAAUUGGUGUCAUCGUUUCGCUGCUUCUAGCUUUGACAGAAUUCCUCUGGAACGUGAGAAAAAUAGCCAACAACAAAGAUAUGUAUUUCUCGGAUGUUCUGAAGGAAGAAUUACAAUUUACUUGUCAGAUAUGCACCAUACGCAGAAAAGCCAGGUCGUCACAAGAAGAAUAAUAUAUUUUGUAUAAUAAUGUAGUAAAAUAUAUCCCUCGGAGCACAA